GUGUAGUGUAGUGUAGUGUGCCGGCCAGUAGUAGUUAAUAAUAUAUUAUUAUUGUCCAAAUAUUCAGUACUGAGGUUGCUUGACUUGGGAGCUCCAGGACCUUAAUACCAGAUAAUUCACCACCCAAUUGAGCUUCUGCCUUCUAGUUCUAGGUAAUGCGGAUCGGAGUUGUAGUCGUAGGAGCUCCCAAGAUCCCGGCUUAACGUCAGCCAGGCAGCUCCCAGACUCCAUUAUAUGAGAGUGCGCAGAGCAGAUUGCCAAAACCCAUCAUCCAUCCAUCCAUCCAUCCAUCAAUGGCGGAAUCAGCAGGCGCAAGGUGUGCUGUUGUGACCGGGGCCAACAAGGGGAUCGGCUUCGAGAUUUGCAACCAGCUGGCUGCAAAUGGAAUCACAGUGAUUUUGACUGCGAGGGACCAGGACAAGGGCCUUCAAGCACUGCAUAAACUUCAUCAUCAAUCUGAUCGUGUCCUGUUCCAUCAACUAGAUGUCACCGAUUCUUCCACUAUUUCUGCCCUCUUUGAUUUCGUCAACUCUAGGUUUGGGAAGCUCGACAUUUUAGUGAACAAUGCAGGGAUCACUGGGGCAAUUGUCGAUUUCGAUAAAAUGAAAGCUUUAAACCCAGACGAUAUACUGCGGUUCAACGUCAACUGGGACGACAUUAUGACACAGACAUACGAUGCCGCAGCCGAAGGUGUGCAGACAAAUUACUACGGAGCAAAGAGGCUGUCCGAAGCGUUUAUUCCUCUUCUCCAGCUUUCUGAUUCUCCAAGAAUUGUGAAUGUCUCCUCUGAAACCGGCAGACUUAAGAAUAUCCCCAACGAAUGGGCUAAGAAGACGCUGAUCGAAUCGGAGAAUCUAGGGGAGGACAGUGUGGAUCAUGUCCUGAAUGAGUUUCUUCAAGACUUUAAAGACGGGAACUUAGAUGCCAAAGGCUGGCCGAGAUUCUUGUCGGCAUACACACUCUCGAAAGCUGCCAUGAUUGCUUACACAAGAAUUCUUGCAAGGAAGUACCCGGCGUUCAAAAUCAACGCUGUCUGCCCGGGAUAUGUCAGAACGGAUAUGAAUGGAAACACCGGCAUUCUGUCACUUGCAGAAGGCGCCGAGAGCGCUGUCCGGCUGGCUCUCCUACCCGACGACGGCCCUUCCGGAGUGUUCUUUUCAAGAAUGGAAGUCUCAUCUUUCAAAGGCGACAGAGAGAAUCGGAUUGCAGUAGUGACAGGUGCAAACAAGGGGAUUGGGUUUGAAGUGUGCAAGCAGCUGGCUUCCCAGGGGGUCACUGUGGUGCUCACUGCAAGAAAUCAGAAGAGGGGAAAUGAAGCCGUCGGUAAGCUCAGGGAAUUGGGGCUUUCUGGACAUGUUGUUUUCCACACACUUGACGUCCUCGACGAUGCAAGUGCUGCUGCCCUAGCUGAUUUUGUUAAGACCACUUUUGGGAAGCUGGAUAUCCUGGUGAAUAAUGCUGGAGUGGGUGGAGUCAGUACAGAUGUUGAUGCACUAAAAGCCAUUGGUGGCUAUAGACCAGGCCUUGCAGUGAAUUGGCUCGAAAUUUAUGGGCAAACAUACGAGCUGUCCCAAGAAUGUGUGCAGACAAAUUACUACGGCACAAAAAGGCUCAUUCAGGCAUUCAUCCCUCUCCUAAUCCUCUCAUCUUCCCCAAGAAUUGUCAAUGUCUCCACUUCACUGGGCAAACUCAAGUUUUUGUCCCAUGAAUGGGCAAGAAAGGAGCUGGGAGAUGGCCAGAAUCUGACAGAGGAGAAAGUGGAGAACGUGCUGAAACAGUUCCUCGAAGAUUUUAAGGAUGGGAGGUUCGAAGAGAAGGGGUGGCCUGGCCUUUUCCCAGCGUACAUCAUCUCGAAGGCAGCAGUGAAUGCCCUGACAAGAAUUGUGGCCAGAAAGUGUCCGGACAUGAAGGUGAAUGCAGUCUGCCCUGGAUUUGUCAAGACAGACUUCAAUGCUUACACAGGGUUGAUCCCUGUCGAGGAAGGGAGUCGGUAUAUUGUCAAGGUUGCCGUUUUGCCUGAGACUGGACCUUCUGGGGCUUUGUUCGUCGACAAUGUCGAAUCAUCCUUUGAUGGUUGAUUUUUGUUUCGAGGUUUCGAAUGGGUUUUUGUUUGUAAUGAUCAGUGUGUCGUGUCCAGACACUGUAAUAAGGUUUUGUUUUGAAAAUGUAUUAUUUUUAUAUAUUUUGUUUUAUGA